GCUCAGGCCAACCAUGGCCACCACUUUCGCUUGUUGCUUGCCUGUGAUGCCAAUGUGGAGCUCACGCCAGAGUUGGAGGUGGAUGGGAGGAGGGUGACGGGACCAGGACUCAGAAGAUCGAGGGAGAGGGGACUUGGUCGGAACGGUGCCAUUGAUUUGGAGGACAGGAGGGCCAAGGAGGUGUGCAUGAGGGACCAGAUUGAGGAGUUCCUGGAGGAGGAGGAGCUGGCUGCGAUCAACACUUUUGAAGCACGGGUGCCGACCUACUGGCACUUCGGUGAGAGUGAGCCCACAAAGGUCUUAGAUUACAUCUUGGCGCCCAGGCAGUGGACAGUAGAAGAUAUCUCGUACAGUUGGUUGCAGGACGG